AUGCUGAUGCAGCUCUGUAGUAUCAAGAACUUGUACCAGAAUCGGUUCCUAGGCCUGGCGGCCAUGGCCUCCCCGACCCGCAGCAGCCAGACCCGCCAGCGCUGUAAGGAUGCGGUUCGCCACAGCUAUGGCCCGGACAGCUACGCUGUCAAUGGUCUAAACCAGGAGGCCUUUAUGCUGGGGCUGUCACGGUCCACCAGUGACACUGAUCUGGUCUCCCCAGACGCUCGCUCCACCCUCACCAUCAGCUCCUCCCACUACAGCAUAGGCCAGUCUGAAGACCUGGUGAUCACAUGGGACAUCAAGGAGGAAGUGGAUGCUGGAGACUGGAUCGGAAUGUAUCUUGUUGAUGAGGCUUUGUCAGAGAACUUUCUGGACUAUAAGAACCGAGGCAUCAACGGAUCUCACAAAGGACAGAUCGUUUGGAAAAUUGACUCCAGCUCCCACUUCAGUGUCUUGGAAACCCAGGUCUGCUUCAGGUACUACCACGGUGUCACCGGAGCACUGAGGGCAACCACACCCAGCGUGACCAUCAAGAAAGGCUCUGCUCCUGUUUUGACCACUGUUAGCACUAUGGAGUCUGGACACCCUCUUGAUAACAGGAGGGCAAACAUUUUUGUGUGCUUUUGUCCCCCUCUCUCAGACCUCCAAGCAGUUGGUUUGAAGAAGGGUAUGUUUUUCAAUCCUGACCCCUACCUGAAGCUCUCCAUCCAGCCUGGAAAGCACAGCAUCUUCCCCUCGCUGCCACACCACGGCCAGGAGAAACGCUCCAGAGUGGUCUGCAACACGGUCAACCCACAAUGGAGCACAGAGAGGUUUAACUUUGUGUCUCUGCCCACCGACGUCCUUGAGAUCGAGGUGAAGGAUAAGUUUGCCAAGAGUCGGCCAAUCAUCAAGCGCUUCCUGGGGAAGCUCUCCGUCCCAGUCCAAAGGCUGCUGGAAAAACAUGCCAUCGGUGAUCGAGUAGUGAGUUACUCGCUGGGUCGCAGGUUGCCGACAGAUCACGUCUGCGGCCAGCUGCAGUUCCGCUUUGAGCUGACCUCUUCCAUUCACCCAGAUGAUGAGGAGGUCUCUUUGGUUAUAGAGGCAGCCUGUCCUGAGGGGGAAAAUGCAGCAAAUGGCAACCACGCUGCUGAUGCGCCUGAUGAUGCGCCUGAUGAUGCGCCUGAUGAUGCACCUGAUGAUGACACACUAAGCGUGGGACCGGACAUGCCUGACCUACCCCUGGAUGCCCCCCCUGACCCCGAGACCUCUGCGCUACCGGCCUCCAUGGCGGAAGCCUCCAUGGCGGAAGCCUCCACGGUGGAAGGCCCCGCCCUGGAGGAGGUCCAACCUGCAGAGAAGGAGGAGGCUGAGGCAACGCCAGAGGCAGAUCAAGGAACUGUGGUGGAGGAGGAGAGCACAGUGAGGGAGGAGCCCCCGUCGACAGAGCCCCGGGUGGAGCAGGAGGAGGCUGAACAGCAGGAGGGGAACAGUGGAACGGAGGGAGAGGAGGGAGGAAGGGAGGAGAGGCAGCAGGUGGAAGAAGAGGAGGAGCAGAGAGCAGAGUGUGCACCACAAGCUGAGGAGGAGGUGACAGUAGAAGAAAAUGAGAUUGGGGAGGAAACGCAGCCAAAGCCAGACUCUGACAAUCCUGUAUCAGCAAACAACGAGGUUGCUACUGUGGAGGCCCCCACGGAGGGAAACAUCACAUCCCAGGAGGCCCCUGUAGAGCCACCCGUGGGGGCCCCACAGGAGGUGACAGAGGGAGGAGAAAGAAGUUGCGUCCCCUGCACCUGCCAAUCAAUCUUCUCAAACUACAACUCCCACGCCCCCUUACGCCGCAAAAACCGCCCCUGCUCCCUUCCGGUGUCAGAGCUGGAAACAGUGAUCGCUUCGGCCUGCGGUGAACCGGAGACACCCCGAUCCCACUACAUCCGGAUCCACCACCUCCUCCACAGCCUGCCAUCGGCCCAACACAGAGCUCCCAGCCAGGAGGACGAGGAGGAGACUGGGGAGGGAGAGAACACAACUAUCACUCAAGAUACCACAUCCACAUCACCAACACUUAAAACCUCCAAAGAGGAGGAGGGCCAAGAGGAUGAGGAAGAGGAGGAUACAACCCAGUCUCCCUCUCAGGUCCCAGAGUGUCCAGGCCCCUGCUGCCGUCGCUCCCUACCCCGCAGCCUCUCUAUUGAACGCCUCUCGGAACUGAACCAGCUCCUGGAAGGUGAGGGAGUAGGAGGAGGACACUCAGUCAGGAGGAUCUCCCCCUCCUGCCUGGAGAGCGAGGAGGGGGAUUCCAGUAAUGGAGGAGGUAGGAGACUUGGCGGGAGCACUCACAGGCCUCCAGGUGAGAACGAGUGCGAGUUUUGCGACACCUCCUGCUACAGCACCUCCUGCUACAGCACUUCCUGCUACAGCACGUCAUGCUACAGCAACUCGGGCUACGAAGGGAGGAACCGCUUCUGCAGCCACACCCGCCUCUCCUCGGUGGACAGCAACAGACUCUCCGGCAGCACAGUGUUCUCCUCGCAGGAUGAAGAAGAAGAUGAGGAGAGCGCCUUUGAGUCGGUACCUGAUUCCGGCCAGACCCCGGAGGGCCAGGAGGUGGGCGGGGCAGGAGGAGAGAGAAGGACGGGGAGGUGGAAGGAAGCCAGGAGAGGAGAGCACGGGGAGCCGGCUGUAGCGGGGCCCAGCGAUAGGAACAGCUUCGGCUCAGACUUCUCCCCUCCUGUUGGCCAUCUUCCAGUCCUGCGACCCAGCCAUGACCUAAACCAUUUUCCUGCUGCCACUGACCAAGCCUUACCUCCAAACUGGGAAGCUCGUAUUGACAGCCACGGCAGAGUCUUCUAUGUGGACCAUGUCAACCGGACCACAACCUGGCAGAGGCCGAGCCACAGCGGGAAGUGUAACCACGGGAUCCCCCGCUCAGGAUCCACCCAGCAGAUGGAACAACUCAACAGGAGGUACCAGAACAUCCAGAGGACCAUGGCCACAGAGGAGGAUGGUGGGAGUCAGAGGUUAGAGCGGAGUGGCAGUACAGAGACUGAUUCGGAUGCUCCACAGACAGGCCCCGCCUCCCCUGUCAAUCACCAGAAGAUCAGCCAUCUCCUCCAAUCACCUGCUGUCAAGUUCAUCACACACCCAGAAUUCUUCACAGUGUUGCACAGUAACUAUGCCGCCUACCGGAUGUUCACUAGCAGCAGCUGCGUGAAACACAUGAUCCUGAAGGUGCGUCGCGAUGCCAGGAACUUUGAGCGCUACCAACAUAACCGGGACCUGGUGGUUUUCCUCAACAAGUUUGCAGACACUCAGCUGGAGCUGCCACGAGGCUGGGAGAUCAAGACUGACCCCCAGGGCAAGUCUUUCUUUGUGGACCACAACAGUCGAGCCACCACCUUCAUUGACCCUCGCAUUCCUCUGCAGAACGGCCGGCUGCCCGGCCACCUUGCCCACAGGCAACAUCUGCAGAGACUACGCAGCUACAGCGCUGGGGAGGCCUCUGAUGUGUCCAGGAGUCGUGGAGCCUCUCUGAUGGCCCGGCCUGGAAACAGCCUGGUAGCCGCCAUACGAAGCCAGCAUCAUGCUGCUGACUCACAACAGCUGACCGCCCCGUCUUACAAUGACAAGAUAGUGGCGUUCCUUCGACAGCCCAACAUAUUUGACAUGUUGCAGGAGCGACAGCCCAGCCUAAGCAGAAACCACGCACUGAGGGAGAAAAUCCAUUACAUUCGGACCGAAGGGACUCAGGGGGUGGAGAAGCUGUCGUGUGAUGCAGACCUAGUCAUCCUGUUAAGUUUAUAUGAAGAGGAAAUCAUGUCGUAUGUCCCGCCCCACCCCAUCCACCCCGGCUUCAGCUUCUCUCCCCGCUGCUCCCCCGCCUCCUCACCACAGAACUCUCCUGGCCUGCAGAGGGCCAGGGCUCCAGCUCCUUACCGCAGAGACUUUGAAGCCAAACUAAGAAACUUCUACAGGAAGUUAGAAGCCAAGGGGUAUGGCCAGGGACCAGGCAAGAUCAAGUUGCUGAUCAGGAGAGAACACUUGCUGGAGGGAACCUUUAACCAGGUGAUGGCAUACUCGCGCAAAGAGCUGCAGAGGAACAAACUCUACGUCACUUUCCUAGGAGAGGAGGGAUUGGACUACAGUGGUCCGUCCAGAGAGUUCUUCUUCCUCUUGUCUCAGGAGUUGUUCAAUCCAUACUAUGGUCUGUUUGAAUACUCGGCUAACGAUACAUACACCGUUCAAAUCAGCCCCAUGUCGGCGUUUGUUGAGAACCAUCUGGAAUGGUUCCGUUUCAGUGGUCGUAUCCUGGGUCUGGCUCUAAUCCAUCAGUACCUGCUGGAUGCUUUCUUCACUAGACCGUUCUACAAGGCCCUGCUCCGACAGCCGACAGACCUGUCUGAUCUGGAGUAUCUGGACGAGGAGUUCCACCAGUCUCUGCAGUGGAUGAAAGACAACGACAUCACUGACAUCCUGGACCUCACCUUCACCGUCAAUGAGGAGGUCUUCGGCCAGGUGACGGAGCGGGAGCUGAAGUCAGGCGGCUCCCACCUCCAGGUGACUGAGAAGAACAAGAAGGAUUAUAUAGAGCGAAUGGCCAAGUGGAGGGUGGAGAGAGGAGUGGUGCAGCAGACAGAGGCGCUGGUCAGAGGCUUCUACGAGGUGGUAGACUCCAGGCUGGUGUCCGUGUUCGACGCACGGGAGCUAGAGCUGGUUAUCGCCGGUACGGUAGAGAUCGACCUCAGCGACUGGAGGAGCAACACGGAGUACAGAGGAGGUUACCAUGAUGGUCACAUAGUGAUGCGGUGGUUCUGGGCCGCCGUGGAGCGCUUCAACAAUGAGCAGCGUCUCCGCCUGCUGCAGUUUGUCACCGGGACAUCCAGCGUGCCCUACGAAGGCUUUGCCGCGCUGCGGGGAUCCAACGGCCUACGCCGCUUCUGCAUCGAGAAGUGGGGCAAAGUCACAUCACUACCCAGGGCUCAUACCUGUUUUAACCGUCUGGACCUGCCACCGUACCCCUCAUACACCAUGCUGUAUGAGAAACUGUUGAUCGCGGUGGAGGAAACCAGCACAUUUGGCCUGGAGUGAGACAGACAAGACAGACAAAUCCACACCGCAUCCCUUUCUGUGUAACACUGGCUGGGAUACAAUGCGAAAAACAAGCAGCAAUUGUGGGCUCAAUACGUCGUAAAGAUACCUGGAUUGUACUCGACAAAGUUUUUGGUCAUAUGGAUAUAUGUACGUCACUGUUAUGGUACUUUGUGUUAGAGUCUCUCACUUAGCUAUGAGGAUCUUUAUGACAGCACCACGGCAGGACUACGGUUAUUUUUAUAUUAAUCACUGAGACUGGAGAAUAUGGAACACAGCAGCAGCGUUUUAUAAAAAUAUUUCUAUAUAUAUGCAUACAAAUGGUAUGUAAAAAUGGAAUCAAGAUAAUUUAAAGUUGCAUAUAGCAAAAUGCUUCAUCCAUCCAAUGAUUAAAAUACUUACAGUAACAGAAAAAGCUAACAAAAACUAUCAGCAACAAGUAAAGUAAAACGAUAGCUACACAAUAGCACCCAAAACAAGAACUUUACAUAAAAUUUAAGACACUAUUAUGACAUCUAAAUACUUGUUGAUACCGGGUUGAAAUGUUGACUCACAGAAAAGAUUUAAGUGAUAAAGUAGUAAAUGACAAAAACUGCAUAUACUGCAAAAACAGAGAGAAACAAAUCAUGCAACAGUGCACACACAAACAUGACAAAGCUUAACAUUUCCCAUUUAUCACACAUCGAAUGAAAUUGUUGUCUACACAAGAAAAAAAAUAAGACAUUCGAUUAAACAUGACAGAUUCGGACGUAUACAUUUGUGCAUCUUUUCUGUGAAUUCAAUCUCAAUGCUAAUGACGUGUGCAAAUUCUGGCACACAAAUUCUCAGGUGGUUUGCUGCUCUUAUAAAUUCUGAUAAAUAUGUAAUCUAUGUGGCUUUAAAGAAGCAGUUCGAAGUAUAAUGCAGAUUUUAAAAAAGCUCAUCAGAUGGAUGCAAAAGUCUGGUAGCCCUGAUGCCAAAGGAACAAUCGUGUGAUUUUUAAUCUGGAGAGCCUACAAGGAUCAUUAUGUAUUUGAUCUGGACUGUGGUGGGCCAGUAAGAAUCUACCUGAGGAUCUGAGACUGGGAUCUGGUACAUAAAGAAUAAAUGAAAUGCGAUGUAGCUUGGUGCCAGACACCAGCCAUUUCAAGGCCUGAAGGGGGAACAGUAGAACCCUGAAAUCCAAUCUAAAAUAUAACUAAUAUAAAGAAUUAUAUGGAUCUUGUGUGUCAGUCAGAGCUGUAGCUGCAACACAUUGGCGAUUUUGAGAAGAGACAUAAAUAUGCAGCGCAGCAGAAGUCUAAGCUACAGGAGAGGGCUGAUUAACGAUUGAUUACUUUGUCAAGACCACUUAGCAUCUGUGUGAGUCAAAUAAAUCAUGGCAAAUGAUGGUAAUUAAGGAAUCCUGCAUGUUGCAAGGUGAUUAAGAAAGGAGGGUAGGCUAUCGGUAUCACUGUGUUUUAAUGACAGAAACAGCAGCUAGAUGUGAAGGCAAAGAAUAUAUUUGCAGACAAUUUAUUGAGAAGACUGCACGUUGAUAAGAAAUUAGAGCCCAAAUCUGACCCCUUGAACAACUGGUGAUGGUUUUGAUAUGGUGACUAAAAUGCUCUUCUGGGAAAACAGGAGAUGGACCACUGAAGGUAUACGCCACUGUAAGUAAUAGUUAAGCCAUCCAUGCACAUUCUCUUGUUAUGCUCUCAGUUAACUAUAGCAAUGAAGUUUCUUUUUCAAGCAAUGUCAAUAAUUUGAAAGCCAAUACAAUCUUCAACAGGCUCCACAGCAAUGAGCAGAGACAUGAGAGAAGUGCUAAAGGUCCUUCAUGAAUUAGAGAAUUUGCUUGGAAAUAGAAGUGGUCUGGCAUACUGAAACUGGAUACAGUAAUAUAGGAAUACUUCAUAAACAACUUUGGUCUGAUUCAGAUGCAGUACACUGACAGCAAAUCCAGGUAAAGGGUGUAAUAUGAAAAAUAGGAGGGUCUGAUGGGUAGUUACAGAAUCAACAAUUUCUACAAUACUUUAUCCAUGUCUGACACUCAACAAUUAUUGGUAUGGUCCGGGAAGGCUGAGAUCUGGACAGCUUCCCAUUCUUUAGCUCAGUCCAAAGUGACGACAGCAGCUCGGAACAGACCUUUGACGUUCUCCUCUGAAUGGACAGCAAUGUUACUAACUCCAGCAGUCUCUCUCCAGCUUUCUUGCUCUGCGAUGCUUUCAAAAGCGGAGAGGAUGAUGUCACAUCUCCACUAUCAAAGUAGCCAUUAAUUCCUUCACAAGGGCUUCUGGGAUCCCCUCUGUGGAGACUGAUUGUGAUCAUGUUGACCAAGCAAACUGGUAGUUCUUGAUUCCUUGACAACAAAGAAUGCGCAUGUGGACAUUGUGUUUCCUGCUGGCCCCGUUGGCCAGAGUGGUGCUUCACCUCUCAGCAUCUCUGGUCCUGCUGUUUGAAUGGUAGCUGCUUGUAGUCUUAUUCAAGACUACCACUGAUGAACUUCUUCUCUGUGACUGCGUACCAUCACCAUGGUGUUGCUCUUUGCACGGAGCAGGUACUCCAGUAUCUGAACCUUUACCAUCUCAAACAACAUGACUGAAGCAAAGCAUGUAGGGCUCCAAUGGCCUGGGAUCGUUGCAUCGGCUGCCUGAACCGAUCAGCCCCUUCUGGUAUAAACUAAUCAUAUGUACUGGGGCCCUUGAACAAACCGGUGUAAUAUAUGCAAUAGUUAAGACCUUUACUCCAAUCUGUUCCACAGUCUACCAUGUUCUUUCAGAUGAUGUCCGACUGCAGUGCACCCUCAGCAACCCCCAGCCCCUUGUCUACAUCUCUAGUCCAGUAAUGAAACUGUGCCUCAGUUACUGACUGCCUCAUAUGUGGCCUGUGGGGUUGUUGCGCUUAGCGGUUAGUACUGCCUGACAUGAGGACAGUCCUGAGUGCAGAUAUUUGCUUUGGUUCUUUAUGAAAACAGUUUGCAUGUUCUGUCAGUGUUUGUGUGGGUUCCGCUCAAACUCUAAACACAAGUCGUGUUAUUGGAGAAUCUGAUGCCCCAUUUACACAUAGCCACCUAAUGCGUCUUGGACAGAGAAUUAUCUCAUAUCAAAAAGUAGAAGUAAGUAUAAGCCAAGUGUAAAUGCAACCAAGAAGCAUUAAAGCUGUAUUGAAGUCCACCAUUUUAGCCAAAUGUUGAAAAGGUAAAAAAACUCUCAUAGCCACAUAGACCUUUACUCCUCUAAAAAUGUAACUGCAGGGUUUGUCAUUGUUGAAUGAUCUUAAUUGUUCAAGUUAAACUCCACUAAUUUCACAAAUCAAAGUUGUUGAGGAGUAUGAGUACAUAUGUGAAAUAAAUUGUAUAAAGUCUUUAGUGUCUCCAGGGUGAGCUGUGUGAAGUCGUUAGCCGUUACUAGCAUAACACACCUGAAUCCCAGACUGAACUGUCAGCUGUCAAGAUGCAUUUUGGGUAUUGUAGGAAAAAGGAAAGGAGAGGAACAUCUCUGGUUCUGCUGCAUUGAUUUUGACACCUUUUUUAAACUGCCCACUAAUGUUAUAAGAGUGCAGUACUAAAUUGAUGUUAAUUUGUAUUUAGACAUCACAGCAAAAGAAAUGGCAUUGACUAAAUGUGGCUGAGGGUAAAUGAGUUCAUCUAGAUGUGCUGCUCAAUAUCCCUAAGACUUACAUGUCCAUAUUAGAUGAUCUAGUACCUCACAAUUUAUGCCCAGGGCCAACAUACAGUGCCCUUUAUGUAGAAAGCCGGAAAGUAGGGUUUCCUUCAAUUAAUGUUCACUGUAACCCCAGUCUUUCCCUAACAUUAACCAGUUUCUUUGGUUGCCUCGCCCUAGCUAACCACACCUUAGCCAUGUUUGCCAUGACGACAAUCUACCCCUACCCGUAAGUAUACCAUAGUUUCCAUGAGAUGAUAUUGUACCAUGAGAAUUGCUUUAAUUCUUGGAAUUGGAUAUAAAUAACAUUGUCACUGACAGCAAUCUGGGGUCUCAGAGAAUCAUCCAAUAUCGACAUUCUUGUCUGGCAAUGGUGCUAAGAUAUAAUACCCUUGAUAUGGCAAGUGUAAAUAGAGAAGUUCUGAGACCAUUUUUUCAUUCCCGUAUUGUUUGGUACCAAGUACCAGUCUGCGUUUUAAAAUAGCAAAAAUACAGGCUUACCAGUAUAUGCAUAAUAUUAAUUAUAAUGAUAUAUUAUAUAUGUAUGGCCUGGCUCAGGUAAACCUGUAAACCUGUAAAUGUCAGAGACCUGCUACCCUGGGGGGGAAAUGAUGACCUGGACACUGCUGGGAAGUAACAGGGUCCCAUUUCAGGACUAAUAAAUGACAAGGUAUCAGAUCAAUGCACAGACACAAACGCGCAACAAUAUCAGAUUUUAGACAGAAGAAUUUCUGAUACUGGAUUUGGAGCAACUCUAAGUGUAAAUGGGGCCUCAGUAACAGAAAAGUAGUUGCCUGUUAGCCCUGAGAGAGACUGGCAACCUGUACAGCACCCUUCUCUGUCAUUCACCCAUGGCAUGUUGGGAUAGGCUCCAGCCCCCAACCCACUUACGCUGAGUAGGACCCAGCGGGUGUAAGAACAGAUAGUGUUCUACACAGGUCGGACAUGUUUGACCACAGCUUAACUUUGACCCAUCAUUAACCAUAAGCAGCCUGUGGGAGUAUUUUUUUAAGCAACAGUUGAAUACACAGGUUCACUUUUUUUAUCAUUUUCAUUUUAACAAUGGGAUGAACAUCUCUAAUGAUAUGUGAUGUCACCUUAAUGGUGCUUUAUUUGCGUGCUGGCUACAGAAAUGAUCACAGUGGGCUAACGGGGCACUACAGAAGCAACAGGAAUACAGGAUUUCCUUGUCAGUAAAUUUAGGUUUGAGUUAGAUUAGAAUCAGAUGUGUCUCUCUCCUGAUAAACUCACUACUGGCAGUCAGAUUAGUAGUACUGCACUCAUCAUUGGCAGUGGUGAGGCCUUAUCCACUCAUCUGUACAACCAAGAGGACAAGGCUGUGAUUAUGUUGCAUCUUCCCUGUCUUUUUUUCUACAAUCUUUUGUACUGUUAUUUAUACUGUAUUGUAUUUAUAAGUAAAGGGAAGUCCUGAAGCUUUCCUUGAAUGUUUUGUUUAUUUGCAGUUUUUUGAUGUUGUGAUAAGAAGCAUCAGAGUUUGCCUUCACUUUUGAAGCCUUUGCGUUUUGAUAUGUAUGUACAUCUUUUCUAAUAUCCAUAAGCUAGCUGGUUUUCUGUUGCUCAGUGCAGGAAAUGUGCUACCGUGGUGUCUGUUUCUGUUUCCAUUCAGCUCACAGUAUAUCUGUUCACCGCUUUCUGUGGUGGCCUCAUCAUCGUUUUAUUAUUGACCCUUCCUAAGUCCUGCCCCUUUUUGCUCCAAUAACCAAGUAACAAUGGUUGAAAGGAGAGCAGGGCAACUGAGCCAUAAAUACUCUGAAAAGUAAUGAAGUCCAUGUAGGUGAUACCAGAUAUAACCGUAGCAAGAAAUCUUUUAGCUGCCCACAGUGUGGUAGCAGAUGUGGCUUGAAAAUAAUUCUGAAAUACACAAGAGUUCAUACCAGAUAGAACUCUCAAGCCUCGCUCGGCCUCGCUCAGAACGUCAGUCGGCUUUCUUCCUGUACUUGUCUAUGUUGAAAGGACAACCAAAUUAUGAAGAUGGUUAAAAGAUAAGUGAGAUAGCCCACAUCUUAGGUUAGCUAAUGUCAGCAAAACGUUAACUAUUUAUGUAAAUUAGCUAGCUAGUUACCCAGCGUUUUGCAUACAUUAGCUUUCAGAUGUAACUAGCUAGCGACUCGUAGAUUAGUGAGCUAGUUUUUUUCUCUGUAGCAAAACGUUAGCUAACCAGCUAGCUAAUGAUUUAUGUAGAAUAGAUGGCUAGUUACAUUUGCUAGAAAGCAUUUUACUAACAUUAGCUAAUGUAAGAUGCAUAGCAUAUUUUAAGUACAGGAAUGGAGAAAGUUGUCUGAGGUUCUGACCGAGGCUUGCUCAACUGUUAUUGGAGCACAGAGCAAAAGGGGGUGGGACCUCAGAUGGGUCAAUUGAGGUUUUGAAAAGUUUUGUUUUUAUUUUAUUUUUUUCAUGUCACAGAUGUCACACUAUUUCAUACAUUUCAGAGCCGUAUGUGUCCUGCAAGUAAUCCGUGCUUUGGGAAACAAAUGGCAUGCAUAAAAAUGAUGUAUGUGAUUUGUUGAAAAUGUGAAGACAGUGUAAGGAAGUCUUGUUUUAUUGGGCUGAUACAUUGUAGAUGUUAAACACUGAUAUUUAUUCUGGAAAAAGAAUGGUCUGAAUAUUCCCAUAACACUGAUAUGUAAGUGCAUUGAUAGCAGCUAUUAUAGAAAUAUUUCCAUAAGGUUUUGGAGAAAUAAAAUCAUGGGAUGUUCUGCAGAAGGGUAUGGUGGUGGCAAAUUGUAGCAGCUGUUUUGUAUUUGUGUCUUUUCAAGCUUUUUGUUUAUUUUCAUUUAAAAAAGGGAAUUUAGCAGAGGGUGUGAAUGACUGGGUGGAGCUUUGCUGGGAGGUGACACUGAAGCAUGCAUAUUUUUUGUUUUGUUCCUAGUUUUUUGUGUGUAGAUUAUUAUACACAUAAUGUUGAGAGGUACAGUUCCGAUUUGUCUGAGAACGGGUUGCUAAAUACUCAGGCUGUGCUACCGCUCCACCACACAAUACAAAUGUUUAUGAAUCUCAA